ACGAAACUACAAAGGACAUCUUCACAUCAGUCAUAAAGAAAAAAUGGGAGACAUUAGGCAACAUCCCUGGGGAAACCUGCAUGGAAGAACACUGGAACUCCUUGAAAGAGACGUGCAGAGAAACCUGCAUAACCGUGUUAGGAAGGAAGAAGAAGCAAGAUAAGGAAUGGAUCUCGAUGGACACAUGGAAGCUGAUAGAGGAGGGAGAGGAAGAUGGUGAAGCAGAAGAUGAUUCAGUGGAGUGCAGCUCAGAGACACUACACUGGACAAAGAAGUGUGCGUGGAAAGACAAAAAACACUUCUACGACACACUGGCAAGUGAAGCAGAACAGGCUGCAGGUAGGAGAGACAGAGACCUAACAACAUUGUAUCAAAUAACCAGAUUACUAUCUGGGAAGAGAUCAACGCAGGUGAAACCAAUGGCAAGUAGUGAAGGAAACCUGGUUACCAAAGAGGAGAAACAAAGGAGACGAUGGCCUGACCACUUCAAAAAACUCUUGAACCGACCACCACCACCACUACUACCUGCAACUCGUCCAGAAACACCACCAGCAACCGCAUACUUACCAGUGAACACAAGCCCUCCGACAAAAGUCGAAGUCCUGAACGCCAUCAAGUUGCUGAAAUCCGGGAAAGCAGGAGGACCAGAUGGAAUUCCACCAGAAGCACUGAAAACAGACACAGAGACAACAGCUAACCUGCUGACACCACUACUGCUGAAGGUUUGCAACAAGCACCAACCGCCAUGAACAGGGGCAACCUAAAGGAUGUUGUCUCUUUCACCUACCUAUCUACCUACCUACCUACCUAGGCAGUAUCGUCUCAACUACAGGCAGCACAGGCACAGAUGAGGACUUCAAAGUCAGCAUCGGAAAGACACCAAGAUAGGCCUUCCUGCAUUAAUCUGAAAUCAGUGUGGACAGCUACUCCACUCCACUACACUGCACCGCACUGCACUGCACUCAGCGUAAAGCAUGAACAAGAUACAGAUUUUCAACACUUAUUCAGUCAAGUAAGUUAAUGCUUCUGUGUGAUGAUUGAGAGACUUGGCGAGUUACGAAAAACAUUUCCAACAAACUACAGACAUUCAUCAACAGCUGCCACCUACCCUCGAUAAUACUGAAGAUCAGAUGAAUGGUCAGAAUAAUAAGAAUAAGCAACAAGGAACUCUGAAUGACCUCACAACGAACCAACGAGGCAAGAACCCAUCGCCCAACAAAUGUGCAGAAGAAGAGAGUGG